AUGAAGCUUCUUGGAAAACAUGAAAUACAUUUGUUGUGUGGUAGAUAUAUUAACUGUCUAUUUUUAUUUCAGGCUGAGGAAUCUUGCAAAUGUAAUGGCUGGAAAAAUCCUAACCCACCUCCUACUCCUCCCAGGGCAGAUUUGCAGCAGACAAUUGUCAGUCUUACUGAACCAUGUCGCAGCUGUAGUCAUGCACUGGCUGCUCAUGUUUCUCACCUGGAGAAUGUGUCUGAAGAAGAAAUGAAUAGGCUGUUGGGGAUAGUGUUGGAUGUGGAAUAUCUCUUCACCUGUGUCCACAAAGAAGAAGAUGCAGAUACAAAACAAGUUUACUUCUACCUGUUCAAGCUUUUGAGGAAAUGCAUCUUGCAGAUGGGAAAGCCUGUGGUAGAAGGGUCUUUGGAAAGCCCCCCCUUUGAGAAGCCCAGUAUUGAACAGGGAGUGAAUAAUUUUGUACAGUACAAAUUUAGCCACCUACCAUCAAAGGAGAGGCAAACGAUAGUUGAACUGGCUAAAAUGUUUCUAAACCGCAUCAAUUACUGGCAUCUGGAGACACCUUUGCAGCGAAGAUUGAGAUCUCCUAAUGAUGACAUUGCUGGCUAUAAAGUGAACUAUACAAGGUGGCUGUGUUACUGCAAUGUUCCCCAGUUCUGUGACAGUCUACCUCGAUACGAAACCACACAGGUCUUUGGGAGAACUCUGCUACGCUCUGUCUUUACUGUUAUGAGACGGCAACUCCUGGAGCAGGCUAGACAGGAAAAAGACAAGCUUCCUCAAGAGAAACGAACACUAAUCCUCACCCAUUUUCCAAAGUUUCUAUCCAUGCUAGAGGAAGAGGUGUAUAGUCAGAAUUCUCCUAUUUGGGAUCAGGAUUUCAUGGUGUCCUCUUCUCGAACUGGCCAGCUAGGAAUCCAAACAGUUAUCAGUCCUCCCCCUGUGGCAAGGUCUGUUUCAUAUAGUGCAAGUCCUUCAUCUCUAGAACAACCCAACAGCGGAAGUAUGAGUCCUGCUUGCAAAGUUUCUUCUUGCCAUGACCCAGCUCUAGGAGAGAAGAGAAAGAACACUGAACCUUAUUCUCAGGAAGAUUCAAAAAGGCCUAGAGUUGUAGGAGAUAUUCCUAUUGAAUUGAUCAAUGAAGUGAUGUCAACAAUUACCGAUCCAGCUGCGAUGCUGGGGCCAGAGACUAACUUUCUGUCAGCACAUUCAGCCCGGGAUGAAGCAGCAAGACUAGAGGAGCGUCGGGGAGUGAUUGAAUUUCACGUAGUUGGAAAUUCCCUGAACCAGAAGCCAAACAAAAAGAUUAUGAUGUGGCUAGUUGGCUUACAGAAUGUAUUCUCCCAUCAGCUACCCAGAAUGCCAAAGGAGUACAUUACACGCCUGGUUUUUGAUCCAAAACACAAGACCCUUGCAUUAAUAAAAGAUGGUCGUGUGAUUGGUGGUAUCUGUUUCCGGAUGUUCCCAUCUCAAGGAUUUACGGAGAUUGUUUUCUGUGCUGUGACUUCUAAUGAACAAGUCAAGGGUUAUGGAACUCACCUAAUGAACCAUCUGAAAGAGUAUCACAUCAAACAUAACAUUCUCAACUUCCUCACGUAUGCAGACGAAUAUGCAAUUGGCUACUUCAAGAAACAAGGUUUCUCCAAAGAUAUUAAAGUACCAAAAGCAAAAUAUGUUGGCUAUAUCAAGGAUUAUGAAGGAGCCACUCUAAUGGGAUGUGAAUUAAAUCCAAGAAUUCCCUACACUGAAUUUUCUGUCAUCAUUAAAAAACAAAAAGAGAUCAUUAAAAAGCUGAUCGAAAGGAAACAAGCGCAGAUUCGAAAAGUCUAUCCUGGCCUUUCCUGCUUCAAAGAUGGAGUACGACAGAUUCCUAUAGAAAGCAUUCCUGGAAUUAGAGAGACUGGCUGGAAACCAAGUGGAAAAGAGAGAGGUAAAGAACCCAAAGAUCCAGAUCAGCUUUACAGCACAUUAAAAACCAUCCUGCAGCAGGUGAAGAGCCAUCAAAGCGCUUGGCCCUUCAUGGAACCUGUGAAGAGAACAGAAGCUCCUGGAUAUUAUGAAGUUAUAAGGUUUCCCAUGGAUCUGAAAACCAUGAGUGAACGACUCAAGAAUAGGUACUACGUGUCUAAGAAAUUAUUCAUGGCAGACUUGCAGCGGGUCUUUACAAAUUGCAGAGAGUACAACCCCCCUGAGAGUGAAUACUACAAAUGUGCCAAUAUAUUGGAGAAAUUCUUCUACACGAAAAUUAAAGAAGCUGGAUUAAUUGACAAGUGACAGUUGUUUCUUUCAACCAAUCAGUGUGCCUAAUUUAUAGGCACAGUAUGCUAUUCACCUUCAUGUAGAUUUGGGACUUAAUACAUAUAUGUUCAAAAAAACCUCUGUGUAUUUUAACUAGCACUUUUAAAAACCCUUUUAGUUUUGCAAACAUGUAUUAUACUGAAGUUACAGAAAAUGUUUAUUUUAUUAAAAUGAAGCUUUAUAAUGUAUUUAACAUUACUUUAAAACUUCUUUUGCAUACAUAUUUGCAGUAUGGUCAAGAAUAGGCUUUUUAUUGGAUAUCCCCAAAACUUUCAUAUGGGAAUUUGCACACGUUUGGGGAUUUGGAAUCAGAAAUUCCCAUACAAUGAAUGUUUUAGCUUAUCUAAUGCAGUAUAUAUUUGAAGAAGUUUUAUUUUUUUCCAGUAAAAACAAAACAUUAAGGGAAAAUUACAAUUUAAGAGGCACUGAAAUAUGUUUUGUCUCUACGUUUCAUUGUAGAGUCCUUUAUAUAUAUUAUUUUUUAAAAGAAACAGUCAGCUAGUUGAGACACUAUGAGAGAAAAGCAACUUAUUCUGGAAAGGAACUGCUUUGAAUCUUUAGGAAAAAAUCCUAUAUAGAUGCAAACUUUUCUAUGGAUUUGGUUUUUGAUAAAUAUCUACCUGCAAAUAACUUGUGAUUUCAUAACCACUAUUUAAAAAAAAUCAUAUUGACUUCGCUUAUGCAGGACAUAAGUUCCCCAAAUAACUCAAAAAUUGUAGUAGGCAUAU